AUGGUAGUCAUUAAUUUUAGUGUAAGGUGCGGAUUGAGAGAAAUGGCAAUCGGGCGUUGGCUUGGGCUGUUGGAAAUUUGGCAGUCUCGUGGGAUGUUGGUAUUGGCGAGGGUUUUCGUUGGACGUAUUACGGUAGGUUUGAGGAGGCUGUUGAUGAGGUCUCGGAGUAAAUGGAGGUUUUGGGGAGAACAGGUGAGAACAAAGGGCCCGAGGGUGGGGGCCGCCACACGAGGAACAUUUCAUGGGCCGUUGGCAUUGAGGGGUGGUGUGCCCUUCCUUCAUGCAACUAAAGCACCGCCGUAGUUCUUUGAGUUUGUUUCGGCGGGAAAAUAGGUCAGGGUAUUGUUGACAGGAGGGGGAGAAGUGGCCAAAAACAUUGCAAAAUAGGCAGGGGAGCUUGG